CGUUCACCAUCGCCGCCUGUUCUGGCGUAUAUCUCUCAACUCGACUCGACUCUCACACUUACUACGCAUACACCCACACACCCCCACACACACCAUGGCGCACGCAGCCACGGUAAUCACAGCCGCUGCACUCUCGGCAUCCCCACCCACAGCCUUUAGGCGCUCAUCGACACCAGGCCCAACAGGGCGCGCAAAGCGGCCACUGCGCGUCAGCUAUGGAGCGACAACUACCGUGCCCGCGGUACAGGUGCGGGGCGUGAGCCCAGAUGGCGCGAACGGACUUGCGGGGAACGGCGAGGCAGAGUGUGACGACGAUGACGAGAACGACGACGACCUCGACGACUACGAGCUCGUCGAGGAGGGAGCUCCCAUUAUCAACGUGACAUGGCGCUUCAUCUCAAGACUAUACCUUCUCGUGCCUUUCGUCACGAUUCUGUUUGUUGCCCUCUUGGUGGCAAUUAUCGUCUACGGAUGGCCUCCGUCGGCGGACGAGCGCAGCCACGGCCAGGUCUACCCGCACCCCAUCUUCUGGAAGGCCUUCCUCGUCGGCUUAUUCGCAUCGUUUACGGUCCAGUCGCUGCGCGUGCCGACAUGGGUCGGCGUGUCAUGGCUUCUCUUGUCCAACUCGUGGACUAUUGUGCUGUCGACCGUCGUCCACGCAGUCCUGCACGAGGGGAUCCGCCUCGUGUCGAUCCCGUUAACUAUCCCGUCGCCGACGUCGGGGUUCCACUCGUCGUACUACCUCGGCCUGGGGUGGGGCGUUGCCGAGGCGGCGUGGGGUAUCGUCCAGGGCUGGGAGCAGCUCGAGCUGUACCGCGACCUGUUGGAGGAGGAGCGAUGGGACGAGGAGGCUCCGUUAUGCGAUGAGCCGGCCGAGAUCGCCAACGGCAACGGUAAUGGCAACAACGGUCUCGCGACGGUCCCAGAGACGGAAGCACUGCUGGUGGCGGACGCCGAGGAGCAGCAGUACCUCGAGGACGAGGCUGAACUGGCACUCCGCGUCGAGGUGCUUGAGCGCAUGCGGGCAAGGCAGGAACUGGAAGACGCAUUCGGCCUUCCGUUCCCCAACAUCCCGUUCCCACUCCACCUGCUGUGGCGCCUCGACACGCUGCUGCUCAACCUCGGCUUAACGCUGAUCCUGUCGGCAUACUACUUCGACUCGGAGCCGAUCUACAAGCACCAGACGUUUGCAAGUGGCGGCAAGGACUGGGAGCCGGCCGAGCCAAACUCGACGCCGUCGCCGUACCUCCCGCUGGUUUGGGGCCUUGUGACGGUGCUGCACAUUGCUCUGAGCCUGGUGUGGAAGAUUGUCGGAAGUGCGGGUGUUGGCGCGGUCACGUGGGGUGGCCUGAUUGUCGCGCUUGGGACCGUGUUUGCAGGACUGGGUGCAUGGGGUGGUGUUGUCUGAGUCUAUGUAUCGUAGCGAUAGUGCAUGAGGGUGGUGAUGGGUUUAUAGAGCAUGUCAUGUGU